GGCCUGAGCACCAAAUGGAUGUUUAGUGUGUGCAUAUUUACAUAACCAAAAGCAUUUUGUUUGCAUAUUACCGGAUCUUGUGCAUUGCUUCAUAAAUACAUACAUAUAUACAUACAUACAUAUGUAGAUUGGGACAACAGUACGUUGGAAUGGUGUAGAGUCGAUAGGCCACCAGUAUAUAAGACCUGGAUACGGUUAUCAGACAAUAGAAAAAAAAAGAAUUUUUCUUUAACUACCCUGAAAUUAAAGAAAUAACUCAAUAAUUUUUCCUCCUGAAAAUAUUAUUUAAAUACAUGACUACAUGUCCACUUGUUAAUACUUAUUUAUUACUUAUUUAUUCUAUGCACAUAACAGGCAGCAAAAACUUAUUAUAGAAUUCCUAUUAUACAAAAAUAAUUACUAGUCAUUAGAAAUCCAGUUCAUUCAUUAUAAUAUUUUUGUUGUUGCUAUCUUGUGAAUUAUAAAUACUCAUUUUCAUAUAUAAACAAACAAAAAACAAUGAUUCGAUCAACUCAAAACCGUUUAAAUAUUCAAUUUAAUUCGAAGUUUUUUCACUGGGUCAUAUUAUUUUUAUUUUAUAUUACAAUCAAUCAAAUCUCAUUAGUUAUUUCAAAUGGAUGCCUUCAACCUAAUGGAAUGUCUAUAUGUUGUGCCGGUCGUGAAAAGAAAUGUUUUGUUUACAAAUCAACUGGACAAUCUUCAAUAUCUAGAUAUUAUCCAUGGAAGAAAUAUCGUAGUGUAGCUGGUCAUUCAAGUCCACGUGAUCGUUGUUAUUGUGAUGAAAGUUGUGUCAUUACUGGAGAUUGUUGUCAUGAUUAUCAUUUCACAUGUCAAAAAACAAAAGUGGAUUGUACAGUCAGUGAAUGGGGACCUUGGACAAGUUGUGAAUAUACAUGUGGUCAAAGUGUUAGUACACGUUACAGACAAAUUCAAAUUAAACCAAGUAAUAAUGGUAAGCCAUGUCCAGAGUUGAAUGAAACAAGACCAUGUAUUGGACAUAAUUGUGCAUCGAAAAGAUUUGGAAGAUCUGGAACGCUGAUGGUACCUUAUGUUUAUGAUAUUAAAGCUGAAGUGGCACAUUUACUACCCGUACGUGGAGAUGUAUUGGAUUUAACUAGACGUUAUGAUAUGCGUUUUGAUGUUCGACGUAAACUCUAUCUUGGUAGAUUAAUAAAAAUGAAUAAGACUGAACAACCAGAACCUGAUCCGUACUGUGCAGUAUAUGAGAUUACGUAUUCAAAUCAGGCUUGUCAAUCACAGAAUUUGUUAUGGCAAUUUUCACAGUCACGAGAUAUGUAUCCUUCUUAUUAUUAUCCUAAUCGUUAUAAACGACAUAAUGAUUAUAAUGGUCAAUCAAUCACUUUUAGCCGUAAAUCAUUUCUCCACAAAAAACAAUACAGUACAGUUGGAAAUACUGAUCUGAACAAAAAUUGGGAAGACAAUUAUUCGAAUUCUGAAUCAUGGAUUACUCAUUCAGCGUUACUUACACCAGGUCAACAAAUCUGUGUGACAUGUUAUCCAACAUAUAUGAGGGAAGAUUUAGGUUACAGAUGCACUGGAUCUGGAUUGCCAAAUGUUGAGACUAGAUGGCGUGCACUACGUACUUCUGAUUGUCAAGGUAGAUUUCGUAUGGUUAGUAUACCACAAAGAUCAUGUACAUGUGGUCGAGGUGUUGCAUCAUUUGUAUUUGUUUAAUCAUUAAUACAUCAAUCUAUGCGAAAUUGUGUACGUAUUUAUUAAUUUUUCUAAUACAAACUUGAAUACAACAUAAUAAACACAUACACACAUAAAUUUUCAUCAUUUUUUUGUUGCCAAUCUAUCUUCAGAAAGAAAAUAGUAAUUAUGAUUAUAAUUUCCAAAUACAUAUAUUACAUAGAAGGUUUGCAUUUGCUAAAUAAUUACAACUAACUAAUUUGUAAUCAUUAUGACUGGUAUUAAUUUAGGUGAAUCUUUUAAUGAAGUGUUUUGUUAUUAUUAUUAUUAUUAUUAUUAUUAUUAUUAUUAUUAUUAUU